ACUGGCGCUUUGUGUUAUUCCAGUGUGACUGUCUGUGGUCUCACUGUGCGUCCACACAGGGAGAUUUGAUCUGGACACUUUGUGAAAGCACAUGACACCAUGUGGCUCUGUCUGAUAGUUCCAGAUCAGCAUCGUGGUGGAGCGUCCGGACGGCAGGGAGAUCGCCAAGCCUGUGGAGCUGAGAGUGAUGGCGGGCGAUGCCAACGACAACAGGCCCACGUUGCCUACCACACAGUACCACACCGUGGUCAAGGAGCUCGCCCCAUGGGGGACAGAAAUCCUCACUGUUCAAGCAGCCGACAACAAUGAUCCGAAAACCGAUAACGUGAGAAUCUUCUACCGGCUGGUUGGCCAGAUCCUAGAGAGCUCUCGUGCCUUGUUCCAGGUGGACCGUGACUCUGGGGUCAUAUCUGUGCAGGCAGGCAACCUGGAGGGAGCCGCCCCACAGUAAAAACACUGACCAUCACUGCUGAGGAC